UAUCGCGAUCGGGAUUAAAAUCGGGAUCAAAUGUUGUUUAAAUCGUACAUCUCUAAACUUAACUACAAGUAAAUUAAUGCCAGCAAUCAAGACUAAAGUGAGUUUCGUUUUACACAUAUUUUCCCAUAUAUACUAAAUGUUUAUAACAACAUAACGCAUCAAAGAGAGCUUUGCAUAAGUGAUAGUGUCAUCCAACCUAAAGACCCACAUCGAAUUCGGUACAAAAAAGGCAAGCCAAACAACGCGCAAACAAAGUUCGUCAACACAACUGAGAAUUACAUACAUACUGACAUUUGUAUGUUCAGAGAAGUAAGAGUAAAAAUAACAAAAUGAACAGAAAAACAUCAAAACGUCAAAACGGAACGACCCAUGCUAUAAGGGUUUUUCCCCCAGAGUUGGGAAAAAAUCGUCAAAUCACCGAAGAGCAAGCAAAGAGCACUCACCGCUGUGACGAUAAAAAUAGAGUGGCUUAAAACACUGGACAGACUAGUUACCGACGUUAGUGUGGCUGAGAAGACAGGCCAAUAAGUCAAAUGUAAGCAAAGCAAAAUAAACAAAACAAAAACAGCAAAGCCAUAUUAGGUACUACAGGCUUUCGAACCCUUUGGAACAACAAGAAGAUAUAAAAAAGUUUAUUUUUCAACUUCAAAUUUUAUGAGUAAGAAAUUGCAAAAUUUAAACACAAACAAAUUGUUAAGCUUUUUCCGAACGCCGAACGCUGAACGCUGAUCGCGGCGUGUGUAUCAAACAGUACAAAAACAAAAACCAGCAACGAUUAUAGCCACGUGAGCGCCAAUAGCGAUGAGUAAGGAGUGUAAGGUGUGCUGGUUGUGAGCGCACUCGCAAACGAUUGAGCUGCGCUCACAGCUGGAGCGAUUUGGAGCAACAAAGCGAUUGGGUUUGGUCGCCAGCCUGCCGAUCGUGCGCUCAUCUCAUGAGCGGCAUUAUAAUAUUUGUAUGUUAACUAAAUAUGACUAGCUUCGACUUGCUGUUUGACGGCGACCGAUCGUUGCGACUUCAAUGCGCUUUUGCGGUCGCGGUCACAGCCACGGGCGGCCAACAAUAAACAGUACCGCGGGAGACGUUAGGAAGAAAACACUGAAACACGCUGAACUCGUCGUCGUUUAGCGGAGACCACAGUUUGAACGACGAUUAUAUAAAAAAAUUAAGAAAGAGAACAGACAAUAAAUAAAUAAUUAAAAUAAUAUUAAGUCUAUAAACGCAAUAAACGCGCAUAUUUAUCAAGCACAACACGGCUACGCUACGGUACAGUUUCGGGUUGCGGAAAUGUGUUCAAAAACCGUAAUCAAUAAAAUUUAAAUUUCAUAAAGACGGCGAAGGCGAUACGAAUGCUCAUAGCGAAAGGGGAGUGCAAUCAAAUUUAUGUUUUUUUUGUAAUUUUUGGUUUGGCUGAUUACGAGUAAUCAAUGACAUUUAAUGACAAAUACACACACAUAUACAUACAGACAUAUUUUCAUGCGCGAAAAUCAAAAUAAAUACAAAUAAAAUAAAUAAAGCGCAAAGCAACAAAGCUACGAAUCAGCCGCCAAAGUGAAGCAAGAAAGUGUAAAAAUAUGGAAAUUCGUUAUUAAUAUUAUUAAGUAAAUAAAGUAAAAUUAUGAGAUACAGUAGAGAGUAAAAGCAAAUACAACAAAAAUAAAAAUAAUAAAAGAACUUACAAAAAAAGCGGCAGAAACGGGGUAAUGAACACCGAAGUUAAAUAGAAAAAAUAUAUACAACAACAAAAACAAAUUACAACAACAGCAGCAGCAACAACAAUAUAUAAGAACAACAAAAGAAAUUUGCAAAAAAAACGGCAGAAAUAAAAGAAAUAAAUAACGAUGUCGUCAAGAAAAAAUACAACAACAACAACAGCAACAAAUAUACUAAAAUAACUUGCAAAAAAGCAGCAAAAAAAGCAAUAAAUAACGAAAUCGAAAAGAAAAAAUACAACAACAAAAUAUAAACACAACAACAAUAAAAAUAUACUACAACAAUAAAAACUUACAAAAACAGCAAUAAAAACAAAUAUACCGGAAUCGCCAGCGAGAUAACGUUCAAAAUUGUCUAGCGACGACUGCUGGUCGCUCGACAGUGGCAAAGGGUUGCCAAGCGCCAAAAGGUUCAAUUCAACAACAACAACAACGUCACGCUCAAACAACGCUAAUUAAAUAGAAAAGCAAUAAGCGCAAGCAACAAGUGAGCAUAUGCGAAACGGCAACAACAACAAGGCAGCAAAAUAGAUUAUAUAAGUAAUUUAAUAAUAGCAAAUAGCAGCAGCAACAACAACAACAACAACAAACAAAAGCAACCAAAACGUAUAAGAGUGCAAACAGCGCAACAGUUCUGCGGUCGCAAGUGUGAAAAUGCUGAAAAGCUAAUUACAUACUUAGUAAUAUCAGUGGAACGGGCGUGAGAAGCGUCAAGUCGCAGGCGAAAAAAUCCAGCCAAGUGGCGCAGACGACGAAGAAGCUGGCGAAUACCUAAUUCUCCAGGUGACACGCGAUUUAUUAGCGGUGAAGGUCGGACGCGGUGAGCGGGGGUGUACGUUUGGAGUUUGGUUGGUAAAACAAGUCACCGUGACCGGAGCACGUUGUGGCGAGGUGCAGCUGCUUAAUGUCAUUUGGAAUAAUUUCUGUGUAGCAGCAGCAACAGCAACAAUAAUGACCAUAAUAAUAGUAUAAAAAAGUGAUUACAGCAAUUUUGUGAUAUAAGAAGUUGUGUAAAUGAUGCAUUAUAUAAAAGUGAGGUUAAAUAGGAACUUUUAAUUUUUUUUUUUUUGUAAGUAAAACAAAACACAAAAAAAUAAUUUUAAAAAUAAUAAUAAAAUAAUAACAAUAGCAAAAAAUUAUUAAAAAAAAAUAAUAACAAAAAUAUUUUAAAAAUUAUAAAAAAAUUAUUAAAAAGUUAUAAUAAAAAAAACAUAUAUUUGUGCUUGCGCACGAAAAUUUUCAACCAUCAGUGAUAGCGAAGCUGGCUUACAAUUAUUAAUUGCGUCUUAGAAGCAAGCAAACAAAUAACUAAAACAACUAAAAGUAGAACAUUAAAUAAACGAUUUUUUUGCGCUUAUUUUAAGAAUAAUAUGUUUUCAAAGCGAACUCGGCAAUUAGCAGAUUAAAAGCAAUAAAAAAGUGUGAAAAAAAAUUUAAAAAAAUACAUAAAAAACAAAAAUAAAAUAAUAAACAAUAAUAAUAAAUAUAUCAAUUUGAACUUGAAUAACUGUAAACAAUUGACAUUGGCGCUUGCAACAGCAAAAUAAGCAAUAAUUAACACAAACUAACAACAACAAACGCAGCGAACGCUUACACGUUACUUAGUCAACUAGUCAGUCAGACGAGAGCGCUUUAAGUGUCUAGUCGUACAACAAUAGCAAUACCAGCGCACAAACCGGUUUGCCGAGCAAGGUCAACCGGCUAACGCUGCCAAAUAAAGCGACUAGGAAAGCAAGCGAAAACAAAUCAUUCCAAACAUUUGAACCGUUAAUCAGACUAGAGCAGUAGGCAAACAGACACGCGCUUCCGAAAAAAACAUUAAAUAAAAAUUCUAAAAAAAUUUCGCAAUAAAAUCAAAUGAAAUCAAAUCCUUUGUGACAACCGCCAAAAUGGAUACGACGCUCACCACCUGGUACAGCUGCAAUGAGGAAGCACAAUGUUACGACACAAACAACAACAACAACAGUAGUAACAAUGCGAAAAAUGAGAAUAACAAUAUGUACAACAGUCACAGCAAUAACAAUGACAAUAGCAAUAGCAAUAGCACUAAUUAUGCCAACACAACUGACGCACAAGUCACAUUUAAUCAGCGCAAGACAAGCGAACUACGCCAGACGCGUUUGCAACGUCAGCACGAACAGCUGCAUCACUUGCCGCCGACACAAUUAUUGCAAUCACCUGACACGCUAGGUAGAAAUCAAACUCCGGUGACACAAAGUGCACAACACGCGAACGGUGAGAAGUCGCGUUCACCCAACUUAGCGCAGCGUUUGACACGACGCAAGCGUCUACAACGACAAAAACCUACCGAACUGGACGAUGCCGAUUUUGCCUACGCCGCCGAUCUGGAAGAGGAGGAUGAAGAAGAGGACCAAGUGUUGAAACAGCAAUCACCAGCGUCCAACAUGUUCAGUGUGACGCCGCUGAUGGAGACAAUGUGCACGGCAGAGCUACAGGCACCCCCGUUUGCACAGAAGCAUUUGAGCCACUUCCAGCAGCAACAUCAUAGUACACCAUUCGAUGGACAGCCAUCAUCCUUGCCCAAUUGCUUUGCAACCGCCGGUUCGAUCAGCACUUACCACCACCAACAUCAACAUCACCAUCAUCAUCAACAUCAACACCAACAACAUCAACAUCAAAUGCAUCAGCAUCAUAUACGUGAGCGCCGUCUUAAGCAUGAGGAGUCCUUCGAUUCGUCGACUACCACAACAACCAACACCACCGAUACACCGGCCAGUCCGGCUAGUCCAUCGUUGCGUCGCCAUCAUUUUGCCAUGUUGAAGCGUGAUAAUUCCACACACUCGGAGUCUUCGAGUCGUUAUUCGAGUGUGGAUAGUUUAUUGGAGGCGCGCAAACCCGAUCCAGAAGCUAUAUUAAUCAAUUUGGGUUUCGGUCCGAUCGAUUCGGAGGAUAUACUCUCACGCAUACCGAAACGUUUUCUCAAGCCAUCACAGGUGCGCGGCAUCGACACAGAAGCUUUCAUACGUCGCCUGCAAUUGGCCAGCAAUCUUGCCGAUCACAGCGUGCUGGGCUAUCGUGGUCUUACCGGUAAUCCGGAUAUACCGCCAUCGCGUAUUGUCGCUAAAAUUAUGCAACGUUUCGAGGUGAAUGAGCGCAAAAAGUCAAUGGGCUCCAUUGAGCACACUAUUUGACAGCGUUCAGUAUCGUAUAUGCCGGAAUUCAUUCGUUCUCACCAGUGCCAAAUAAGUACUUUUAUGAUUUAACCGAGCUGAAUAUGUUGUAACUAAAUUAAUAAUAUUUUUAUCAAAUAAUAUAUCACUUAAAUAAUUUUAAAUAA